AGCGGCAAAUUCAAAAUUUUCAAAUUGUGUCCAGUUCAAAAGUUAUCAUUUAGACUUAACACGAAAGUAUUUAUCUCUCUUUAUCGCCUUUUUAUGGGUUACUAAUAUAACCCAUCUCCGUACUUAUGCAGAGUCGUUCAGUAUGACUGACAGCAUGAGUUACUCUGUUUCCUCGCUCGAGGUGACACGAAAUCCGUUCGAGAGCGACCAUGAAGAUAGACUCCACUUCCCUGGCUUCAGUCCGUCUAUGUUUACAACGCCAAGGACCCCGAUCAGUGAGAAGCGAAAACCUAAAGAGUUUCGUUGGUCUAUCGAUCAAAUAUCUGUUCUUCGCCCGGCUGAUAUUGAUGAAUUCCCAAACCAAGAAACAAGCAGCACCCUGGAAAGAGAACAUGAGGUCCAACUUGCAGUUGAUGAGUAUUUCUCUCAAGAUGCAAUUGUUCCAUCACCUUGGACACCAAAUAGAUCAGUAAAGCAUGUCACCUUUUCACCCCUACCACCCCAUACAAAAUAUAUUCCAAAUGAUAGCUCAAUGAAUUCAUCUAGCAACUCGCAGAUUGAUAGUCUGAGGACGGCACCACCUAAACUUUGUGCUGAUGUUUCAGUUCAAACAGACCUUUGUUUGCCCAUUGACUUUGACCUGGAAGAAGUGCUAGGGCAAGUGUUUUACAAUGGCAAUGAGGCUGGGGAAAGGGAACUAUCCAUAUCUUCCCUCCGUCGCAAAUUGUUCCCCCAAGGGGAUGGUAUGACCAACCAAGACCACAACAAUAAUACCCCACACACAGAUGAAGUGCAGAAAAUCAGAUCCAUUCUGAAGCAUCCGAAGAGCCCUCUGGUUACAUCCAGUCCUAUGGGAUGCAAGGACCGCCAACAACCCCAUGACUCCACCCACUGUAGAUCAUCAAGCCCCGAUGUCUCCCCCAUCAAGACCUCACGCUACUCCCUAGCACUCUAUACCAGCCCCAUGUGUCUGACCCAAGUGCUGGAGUCAUCAGGGGUGGAUAUAGCCAAUGAACUGGACAUGUUUCCUGAUAUCUCCCCCAUCAAGGAUUAUGAUAAUAACCCACACAAUCAGUCAAAGACAGGGCAACACAGGAAUGUCUCUAUGGAUGGGGGUCCAUUAGAGCUGUCCGCUCUGACCGUGUCUGAUGAAGAGAGCGAAUCGGACCCGCCGGCCAAAGUGACCAUGGAAGACCUAGCAAACACAGAGAGUGAAGACGAGAUACCAGCGAAGGUAACGAUGGAAGAUCUUACAGUUGAUGUUGAAGAAGACGACGACGGCGAGAAAAAACCUGCUCUCGUAACGAUGGAGGAUUUAGCGAUGGAUGAUACAUCGCAGAUAGAUAAUUCAAGACAGGAAGAUAUCGAGGAUAUGGAAACAUCAUCGAUACAGCAGUCUGUUAAUCUUCCUCAGGAAGAGGGAGUGUUGAAUGGGGGAAAGAAAGCGGAAAAAGAACAACAGCUUAAAAUUGGAAAGAAUGAAGCGAUUAGUUUAUUUAAACCACCAUCGACAUACAUUGCAGGUUCACAUAUAACAGCAUUUGCGACACAAAAUCAUGGAAAUGCCAAACAUAAGACUUUUGAAGCUGAUGAUGAAGUUUUGAUAGUCAGAGCCAAUGCAGCUUUGCGUCGUGCUAACCGUUUCUCUCCACUUAGCUCUCUAGAUAGCGAUUAUGCUACAUUUAAUGCAGACAUAAACAAAUUAAAAACUCAGUCAGGAUUGGACAAUGACAUCUCAUGGCGUCCUGUCAGUAUGUCAACCCCUCUUUGUCCACCCGUGAGAAGACCUAGAGUGUUUGGGAGCUCCACUUUGGAGUGUGACUAUUGCCCUGAAGGGAGUACUGAUCGGUUAAUGUCAUUCAAGCGGCUAGCUGAAUUGCCACACACAAAUGAACUAGGGUACACACCAAGCACUACUGAUCACCAUGGUAACCGGAGACAGCCUGCGAUUGAGGACAUUAUAAGAAGAAACGAACUGCUCAAAGAGGGGCUCCGAGAAGCCUCGACUCCAACCUAUUCAUCUGUGCAGUUUGGUAAAUGGAGGGUUCCCCGUACUUACCCCUUGUCGUACAUGGAGAGAAAGGCCUUGUAUGGCAAACCAGUAAGCAAAGCUGUUGAGAGCAUUGAGUCACUUGCACCCCGCCUUUAUUCCGACUCUAAAAGAGUAUCAUGGCCCCCAUCUAGACCCUUUUCAACCAGGACCAGCUACCACAACAACAGACCAGUGUCCCCGCCCUCUUCAUGGCUGAGCCAUGAUCAUGUUUACAAGGUGUACCCAGAUGGCAUUGUAUCAAAAAUGCCAAUCCCAGCAUUGUACAGGUCAAGGGAGAUUGAUAGUGGCUUUGAGGACUGGAAGAAAAGUAUAAGUCGAUGGGAACUAUCUAUAAAAACACAAACAAGUAGACUGAAAUAUUCAUAGAGUUUAAUGUGUUUCUUCAUAAAAUACACAUGUAAAUUGCUGUACUGUAUGUACUCUUCUAAUGAGAGUGGGAAAUCUUACCAUGAUCUGUUGAACUUAUAUUCCAUAGAAAUUUGAGUGCAGGCUUGUUUUUGCCAGCUGUAAUAAAGCAGUAUUAUUCAGCAUGCCCUUGUAAACAGUAAGUAUUAUUCAGCAUGCCCUUGUACACAGUAAGUAUUAUUCAGCAUGCCCUUGUACACAGUAAGUAUAAUUCAGCAUGCCCUUGUACACAGUAAGUUUUAUUUAGUCUUCAUUUCAGCCCUUGUAACAUUUUAUUGUGCUUGAGAUCCAAUAGUGCUGCAUAAGCUAUAGGUUUUAUAACUUGUGAGAAGACUUUGUUUUAAUCAAGAUUUAAGAACCAGAUGCCAUAUUGUAGGAAUAAGAGGUAUAAGCAGACUGCAUGUUAUCCAUUUGUUGUUUGGAUAUAUUCAGGUAUCUUAUCAUUUGAUCACAUUAAAGUACCACCUGUUUGUCUAUGUUUA